AUGUCAUCACUUCAAACUGAGGCAUCGCAGGAUCUUCACAAUGAAUGGACGGCCGAAGCCAUCAUCGUCGUCACCUGCAUGACCCUGUCGCUGUACAACUGCGUCGAACUCCUGUUGACCAUCCUGACCACGUUCCGAGAAUGGCACGGCCUCUACUUUGCCGCGCUCAUCGUCGCCUCCGUCGGCAUCCUCCCUUACUGCCUUGGGUUCCUGCUCGAGUAUUUUGAGUUCCUCGUCUUCUGGGCCGCUCAGAUGUUCAGUACCAUCGGUUGGGUCAUGAUGAUCACCGGCCAAUCCUUUGUGCUGUACUCACGUCUGGGUCUCAUUCUACGCAAUCACCAGGUCCUAAACGGGAUCAAGUGGAUGAUCAUCACGGACGCCCUUAUCUUCCAUACCCUCACCACGGUUUUCCAGUAUGGACAGGCGUACGGCGGAGAGCAGCGCGCCUUUGAUCGCGCUCUGUUUUACAUGGAAAAGAUACAAAUGACGGCGUUUUGCGUGCAAGAAUUCAUCAUCUCGGGCAUCUACCUGUGGAAGACGGUGCAGCUGCUGAACUUGGUGUCUAAAGAGGGCACGCGGAGGGUCAUGUGGGAACUGUUGACCAUCAACACCGUCAUCAUCUUCAUGGACAUGGCCCUGUUGUCGCUGGAAUACAAGGGCCUGCGGACGAUGGAAAGAGCUUUCAAGAGUUUCAUCUACUCGGUCAAGUUGAAGAUGGAGUUUGCCGUGCUGGGGAAGCUGGUCAAUCUUGUGCAGUCGAGCACAAGGACGCUGUCGAAUGCGCUGGCCGAUGUCGAUUCUUUCAGAAGAACACCGUCGUCGGCCUACACUGAUGCGAAUGAUCAGAUUCCGGAGUGGAUGGCCAAGUUGGAAUCGCGUCCUGUGCAUGUUGAACGGGUCAGGACGGGUCGAACGAUCUCAAUAGACUGA